GCUGUACUAUAAAUGUUAGCUCUCAGAAUUUGCUAGAAGCUGUACAGGUGGCUAAAGGUGGAAUCCUAACAGCACCUACAAAGAGCUCUUUGCCAUGUCAGACUACCUUUGGUUUGAAGGAAUACCUUUCCCUGCAUUAGGAUAUAAAAAAGAAAUACUUGAAGAAAUCGGUGAUAAGUUUGUGGUUAGAGAUGAAGACACAGUCAUAUUGACUUAUCCCAAAUCAGGAACUAACUGGCUGAUUGAGAUUGUCUGCUUGAUUCAGACCAAGGGGAAUCCCAAGUGGAUUCAAUCUAGGCCCAUCUGGGAACGCUCACCCUGGGUAGAGAAUCAAAUAGGACAUCCAAUUUUAAUCAAUCAGGAAGGACCACGCCUCAUCACCUCUCAUCUUCCCUUCCAUCUUUUCCCCAAGUCUUUCUUCAGUUCCAAGGCUAAGAUGAUCUAUGUCAUCAGAAAUCCCAGAGAUGUUCUUGUGUCUGGUUAUUUUUUCUUCCAUAAGACAAACCUUGUUAAGAAUCCAGAGUCUCUGAUAAAUUAUUUUGAAUGGUUCCUCAAAGGAAAUGUUAUAUAUGGAUCAUGGUUUGAGCACACCCGUGCCUGGCUGUCCAUGAGAGAAAGGGACAACUUCCUGCUUUUGAGCUAUGAAGACAUGAAACAGGUUGUUGCAGAAAUCCUUGCAUUGUCACCUGCCCAUCUCUUCCUUCAAAUGAAGCCAGAAGAGUCUUGGCAUCUUGGUCCAAUCUUUGCUGUGACUGACUGUGUACUUUGGGAAUUUUCUUGGUCUGGCCUCUCUUAGGGCCCCUCUGCACUGGAGCUGGUCAUGCUGGUGGAUCUAAGGACCCUGCAGAUUGAAAGGAGUGUCCUCUGACUGGAUCACCUCAGUGAAGAAGCAGGAUAUGUUCAUGGGCCAAGGACCUCCCAGACAACAGGGCAGGCUUGGGGGAGGCAGGGUUGUGUGGAACAAAGAAGCCCCUGCAGCAGGAGUUGGAGGAUCCCUGUGCUCCCUUCCCAGACUGUCCACCCAGGGAUGGCACACACAAACCAGUCUGGAUUGAUCUCCUCAGCACAGGAACAGGGGUUCCUGGUAGUCCAAGGACCCCACAGACAAAAGGCAGUAGUUCUCUUUAUAAGGUUAAUUCUAUCACUUUUGGGAUAAUUACUGUUAAUUUCUCCCCAAAAUUAGUAUAAUCUCUUUGCCACGGUUUAUUGUCUUCCCAUAUUUUUUUAAUUUCUACAAUAGUAAAAGACACUAUAAUCUUUGUUGGUCAACUACUCCUGAACAUGAAGACUGUCUUGAAGUGGGUAAUAAAUCCACUCCCAUUACUUUAAAUAAAAUUAAUGUUUUCCUUUC